CCGACAUCGCUCUAGCAACCAAACGUUAACAUUGAACCACGCAAAGAUAUCGAUACUAUGCCAGCCUUCAAGGAGCUGUUGUCGCCGCAUUCCGAGGUCAAGCGAGUUAGCUCGCGCCUGCGGCUCUCGUUCAUCCGCAACUUCAUCGACUCGCUCAGUAGCGACCCGAAGUACAUGAACUCGAUCCGAGCUGCAGUCGAGGAAGACCACAAGUACCGGAGCAUGUACGACGAGUACAAGCGCACGGGAAAGGUGACGCCUCUCGAGGAGGAGAACGACUCCUUCUCGUUAUUACGGUUCAGAAGCCGGACAGGUGGGCCAGCGGGUCCACCGAAACCAGGCGACUAUAACGAUCAGCACAUCUAUGUGUGCACCACACGACGUACACUCACGAUCCAUCAUUGGCUUUUCAUGCACCCCACUCUCGUGAUCGACCUCAACAGCAUCAUUCGGAUUCGCCCUGCAAAGGAUGAAGUCACCGAGGGUGGUGUCGAGCCGUGGGGAGUGGGCCUGACGGGUGUCUGUUGGGCGCGAGACGCGGACCGUGCCCUAACAGAUAACGAGGCGUACGACCGCAGCUUCGUGUGCGAGUUCAAGGCAGAGGACGGGGAGGAGUACUGUGCGGGAUUCACGGUUGAACGACCGGAGAAGUUUGUACGGGUCCUCGAGAAUUUGAUACCAGGCAUACGAGCUGGAUGCUCCAAGACGAGUCGCUGGGGAGCUCUGUAGUUGAUGCCUAUGCAUUCCUCUUUUGAUGUUCUCUGUACAUUAGCAACAUUGUACCAUUACUCAAUCACCAUUAUU